AUGCUCAGCCGCAUCACGGCCGAAGUAAAGCUGGAGCAUCUCUACACCUAUGAGAUCAUGACGAUUUUCGUGCCCACCACACUUAUCAGCAUGAUCAGCUUCGCCACGUUCUACUACAAGUGGUUUGACUUCCAGAACAGAAUCAUGAUUUCUUUGACGACUCUACUGGUGCAGUCAACAUUCUUCACGCAAGUGAGCGGCGAACUUCCAAAAACUUCUUACAUGAAGCUCAUUGAUGUCUGGUUCUUGAUGUCCAUCAUAUACAGCUUCUGCAUCAUCACAACGCACGUUAUCAUCGAGUAUUUCCAUGAAUACAAUAAUCCUACUGAGAUUGCCAUCAGAAAUUCAGAGCAAACUUUCGCUGAGACUCCCGAAAACAAACCAGACUAUGGCAGGACUUCUGAUCGAGGAGUGAAAUCGCGACACCGAAGCGUGAUGGCCACGCCGAGAAAUGCAAUUCCGGAGCCUAAAUAUAAUGCCUUUGAUCUGCACAAAUUUGGACGCAUAAUUAUCCGCGACCCAUAUGCAACGCCGAAGAAAAUCGAUAAAUGGGCCUUUCGUUUGACUCUGCUGACGUACUUGAUAUUUUUGGUCGUGUUCUGGACACUGCCUAUUGCUCAGAAACUUGAAGAGCUCUCGAAGGAAAUGACCAUCGAGCCUGAUCCUAUGGAGCUCUGA